AUGAUGGAGUGUGGUUUGGAGUUUAAGGUCAGGCUGAGUCAGAGUGACUGUGAGAGAGAGAAGAACUUUGGGAGCAAAUGUGUGGUUUCCAUGCAUUCCAGGACCACCCUCACUGUCCAAGACCCUAAGAACCCAGAACAUGUGAAGUCAUUCACUUUUGACCUGGCAUAUUGGUCUCACAGUGGAUUUCAAAAGGAUAAAGAUGGUGUCCUUAUUUCAGCUGAUCCUACAAGUAAAUUUGCAGGCCAGAGAGAUGUUUUCCAUGAUAUCGGGAGGGGAAUCCUGGACAGUGCAUGGCAAGGCUACAAUGCUACUCUCUUGGCCUAUGGUCAGACUGGCUCUGGAAAAAGCUACUCCAUGAUUGGAUUUGGUGCAAACAAGGGUAUUAUUCCAAGUGUGUGUGAAGAACUCUUUCAAGCAAUUGAGAAUCAGGGGAGAAAUCAAGAAUACCAGGUUACAUUCAGUAUGCUGGAAAUUUACAAUGAACAGAUAAGAGAUUUGCUGUCUAGAACCAAAAAACCUGGUGGGUUAAAAGUCAGGGAAUACCAACAGCUGGGCUUUUAUGUGGAAGGCCUGAAGUCUGUGCCUUGUGAAAAUUAUGCACAAAUUGAAAAGCUGAUGGAACAAGGAACAAAAAUCAGGACCACAGCUUCAACCAACAUGAACACCAGCAGCAGCAGAUCCCACAUGGUCAUCACUAUUCAGCUCAAGCAGGUUUUCCUAGACAAAGCCCUCACCAAACAAUCCAGCAUUAAUCUGGUAGAUUUAGCUGGAAGUGAAAGGCAGAGAUCUUCAGGAGCUGAAGGGGACAGACUGAAAGAAGGAUCUCGGGUUAACUUAAGUUUAACCAGUUUAGGAAACGUUAUCAGUGCUCUGGCUGAUGCAGCCAUUGGGAAGAAAGUCUUGCACAUUCCCUACAGAGAUUCUGUACUGACCAAACUGCUCCAGUCAGCUCUGGGUGGGAACAGCAGAACUACUUUGAUUGCAGCCAUAAGUCCAGCUGACAUCUGUUAUGAGGAAACUCUAUCAACAUUAAGAUAUGCUGAAAGGGCUAAAAAGGUUCGGAACAACGCUGUGGUCAACACCUGGUCAAGAGCAGAGACCAAGACACUGCUUGGAUGUGGAAACGCUGGAGCAGCAGAGCAGUCAGCCUGUUUCCUGGCAGACCACCAGCUGGGGACUCAGUCUAUUCAGGAAACCUGGGCACACCUGUUGGAGCAGGCGCGGAGAGAAUGGGAGCAGCAGUAUGCAGCCAUUGCCCAGGAGCGGCAGAUGGUGAAGACCCUUCCUCACCUUCUCAACGUCAACGAGGACCCACAGCUCACGGGGGUCCUGAAGUACUUCAUUCACACGGGUUCGUGUGUUGCUGGUCAAGCUGCUUCGAACGCUAUCACUCUUCAAGGCUUGGGAAUUUCAGAUGAACAUGCUUCCUUUAUGAACGUGGAUGGUAAAGUGACAGUCACUCCACACAGGAAAUGCAAGGUUGUUGUGAAUGGGGUACCCAUCACUUCCAGGACAAAGCUGCAGCAUUUGGACCGCAUUAUUCUGGGGUCCAACAGUGCCUACCUCUACAUUGGAUUUCCUUCAGAGAGAGGCAGUGAGGACUUGAGCAGAUUUGACUAUGACUUUUUCCAGCUGGAGAGGGUAGCUGCGGAGGGAGUAAGCAUGGACAAGCUUGGUGCUGUGAACAGUGGAGAUGGCCAAGCAGACCCCAGUGUCCUGGCUGUAUUCCAAGACUACGUCAAACUCAUGCCAUUGGUUGCAGAAGCAAAUCAAAUGAGUGAAGAACUGAAGAAGGAACUUAACAUGGAAUUGAAGGUGAAGAACCUAGCAUCAUCAGAUUCCAGGGGCUAUGACCUACAAAAGGAGGUCAUGGUGAAGGUGACCAACCAAAGGACUCAUGAGGUGUGGAUUUGGUCAAAAGCCAAGUUUAUCAAUAGGAAAUUCUUAAUGGAGGAACUUUACCAGCGCUUUCUAGAUGGAGAAGACAGCCACGUGACUCAAGAGGAUGACCCUUUCUGGGAUCCUGUCGAGGUCAUCCACUUGGGCUCAGCUCAUGUCUGGCUCCAGUCGCUUGCUUACUGCAUGAAGUUCGAGGAGCAAGUGGAGUUUCUCAACUGUGAUGGACUGGAGGAGGCAGUAUUACACAUCCAUAUGGCCUCUUGCUCCCCAACAGGACAAGCACAUGGUGAGGAGGACGUGGUUAUUGAUCCUUGUGAGCUGCUGGGCAAGAGGAUGGAUUUCCAGAUUCACAUUGUCCAGUGCCUUGGUGUCAAAUGGCUAAAGGAAGAUGCAAAGCGGGGCAUUCAAAUGGGGUAUAGAAUUUAUGAUCUUCCAAACACUUUAUAUACUAAACCCAUAUGGAAAAUUGUGAAUCCCCAAAUUGAAGAGAUUGUACAAUUUGCAGCCUUAAAUGCAUCUCAGGAGUUUCUGAAUUAUUUACAGACAAAUGCUCUCAUUGUUGAUUUGUGGGGCCUUCAAGAAGGCUGUGCUGAACUGAGCUGCUCUCAGCUGGACUUCAUGGUCACAGAUGAAGGCCACAUCAUGGUAGAUACCAAGAAAAUUUCCGAUGUGAAGGAUACAAGCCAGAUGGCAUCAAAUCAGACAUCGGAACUUUAUCUGAAAGUGCUCAAGUUAGAACAGGAGACGGAACUGCUCAGAAACAUUAACAGAGCCCUGAGAGAGGAAAACAUAUUUCUCAAGGAAUCACUGGAGAAAACUGAUUCUGGUCAACAAGCCCAUAAGCCUUCCAGUACCCUGAAGAUAACUGAGAUGACAUCACAACUGCCAUCAGCCAGAAAGAUUAAUCAAAUGUGCACUCAGCAAGCCAGCUGCGACAAAGAGUUUGCUAAAGCUCUCAAGGUGUUUUAUCAAAGCAUGAACACAGCAAAACGACAAUUUUUCAGACUUUGGCAGUAUAAACCUCCUGAAGAUGAUCAAAUGCUUCGACCAUUUGUAUACCAACAAUCACAGAUGUUAAAGGAUCUGGGGGAUCUGCUUGAAUCCAGCUUAUGGAAACUGAAAAAUGACAUUUCUCUUAUAGUGAAAAAGAAGAGAGAAUACUUAUUAUAUACUAAACAGUGAGGAUACAACAACUGAAAACUGCAAAAAUUUAAACUUUAGUGGUAAAGAUCAUUUGUGUA